UAACCCUUCCCUAAAAUUAAAGAUGAUAGCAAAUGGCAUUCAUCACCAAUUUCUCCAAGGCGAUUUUCAAGACCAGUUUCAUUUGAUACUCCCAGGAACCAAAGCUACGGAUGACGUUAGUAAAACUGGUUUGGCGAACUUCGUCAGAUUAUAUCCGCGAUUCGUCCAUUGCUGGAUUGAGCCAUGCGGCCAAGUCGCGAAAUUUUAUCCAAUGGGCCUAUUGGAUGAUCAUCUUCACUGUAGGCUUUGGACUCACCCUCAUGUCGAUCAUUGAUAUUAUCGCCGAUUACUACACGCACCCGGUGUCGACCAUCUCGGACUUGAGACAUGAGAAUUCCGUGACUUUUCCAGCCAUCACGGUUUGCAAUUUGAACCGGAUCAAUUGCCUUAAUUUGAUGGUGACAACGGAACAGCUUCGCCAAGAGGAGACUCCAAAUCCCCAAGACCUUGACAAUUUGGACCAACUCUUUGACAUCACUGGAUGUCGAAGACAAGUGUGCUCAUACCUUUCAUCUCAAGUACCGGCCAUUAGGAAUACCAGCACGCAUGAUUCACAAGUCAAGAUCAUGGCCUACCUCCAAUGCGGUCCCAAGACUGGCGUGAGGGAAGAUUUCGAAAAGAAUUGUUACUACCUGAAGCAAAUGAUUGAUUUCGAUCCGAAUCUGUCGAAGGAUGAUCUCUUCACGGCAGAUCAAUUGUGGAACACCACUCAAUGUACUAUACCGGAUGCUUGCAAACACUACCAAAGACCACUGCAGGCCUUGGACUUUGCACAAAAGCAAUUCGUGUCGGGAAAAGAAAUCCAAUUGGAAUGUGUUCAGAAUGGCUUAAUAGAUGUCUUUGGAGAUUUGGUACCCGAUGGUGUCACAAUUCCGCACUAUGGUGGUGUGGGGAUACCGGGUCUAGGAGGGUCCGUGACCACAACUUCUUCGACUUCGACAUCAACAUCUUCAACCACUACCACGACCACUUCCCAAGUUUCGAGUGAAAAUGGCACAGGUUACGCUUUUACAACCACAGUGACUAGCCGUGAACCCUCUACAUCAUUGAACCCACCAAACACUUCUGCUAUUCCCUCCUUUACCACCAAUUCAAACGACAAUGCUAAUACAGGCACAAUAAGCACCAUUCAUGAGUCAACAUUCAAUUCAGUCCCAACCACAACCACAAUACCUAACAUAUUAACAGUACAUACACAUAGUACAAGAACUCCCAACACCACCAUUUCAACCGUGAUAAACUUUACAACUAACAUCCCCACCACCACAACUACUGCUACCACUACUACCGUCACUACCACAACAACAAACUUCACAACCACCACCAUAGGUACUACAACUACCGCCACUAUAACCACCACUACCACAAGUACUACCACCACCACUACCACCACAACAACAAUAACAACAACAACAACUAUAUCCUCCACUACAACCAUCAGUACCACAACCACCACCACCACCGCAGGUACUACAACUCCCCUCACUAUCCCGCCUACCGCCAGCAUUACAACUAUACCAACCACCUCCACUACAACCACCCCUGUCACAAGUACUACUACUACUGCUACCACCAUCACCACCACUACCACCACUACCACAACAACAACAACAACAGCAACAACAACCAUAUCCUCCACCACAACCACCAGUACCACUACCACCACCAUUCCCACGACCUCCACAACAACCACCUCAACAACCACUAGUACAACAACCACAGCAACGACGACGAUGACAACAACGACAACAUCAGAAACCACCACUACACCCUUCUUUGUAGUUCCCAGUUUGACACCCACAAUACCAACUACUCAACUUCCGGUGGUGACGGUUCCUCCUCCUCCAUCAUUUCCAUGGGGCAGGCGGAAAAAGCGCAAUUUGGACAAUUUCGAAUGGCCAGUUGACUUAGAGGAGCUUGGGUCUGGUUUCCAAUCACCAUUUCCUGACAUUACGAGCCAAGAUGGCCAAACGAUAGACGGUCAAGUGAUUCAAGAGGAUGCCUUUUUGCGCGUGUUCAUGAGCCUGAGCCCGAAACUGAGGAAACGAAUUGGUCAUUCCUUUGGCUCGAAAUCGACGCAUUUGGCCAACAUCACUGGCAUGUUUUCUGAUUGCACAUUCCGAGGCAGCAAAUGCAAUAAUGAAACAUUGUGGAAAAAGGUGAAUAUUCCCAGCUUUGGCAACUGCUUCAUCUUCAAUUCCGCAUUCAACGAAACGGAUCAAACUCAGUCCAGAAAUGCUACGCUAACGGGAGCUGCCAAUGGAAUGUCCUUGCAAUUAUUCCUGGACCAGGACUCGUACAUGCUGAAGGGCCUUUCCCAACAGGCUGGGGUUCGUUUAAUCAUUCACAACCCAGCUACAUAUCCCUUAGCGGAUGAAUACGGCAUUGACUUGCAACCAAACACGGCUAACUCGAUCGCUAUUCAAAUGAAUAAGAUUUCCAGGCUGCCAGAGCCCCAUCCAUCCAAUUGUAUCACUAAUUGGGAGCAGACCGGAAUGAAUCAAUCACUCAUGAUUGAGACCAAGCCGACAUAUUCACUGGGGGCUUGUUAUCGCCAUUGUUUUCAAUUGGACGUCAUCAGAGAGUGCAGUUGCUACCACACAUAUUUGGACAUGUCCUUGAUUGACCUGAAGGCGAUACCGUUCAAAGAUGGCAAUGGAUCAAGGCCUUGCUCCUUGAUCCCUGAUCAAGAAACAAAUCCUGAUUUUGAAUGCUUUGAUGCCAUCUUCAACGAUCACGACCGAGGCGUCAGAAAAUGCCACAAAUGUCUGGUCUCUUGCGAGUAAGGAAGAAGUCAUUCAAAUGUAUAUCAAUGCG